AUGAACUCAAACUACGAAGAUGACGAUUUCAACCCUGCCGACCUGGAAGCCCCAGUCGAAUACAUCCAUAUCUGCGGCUACAAGAACGAGAAGAACGCAGGCGACGAAGAUGGGAACCCUCCAACCAACCACUGGGCUACCUUUCUGCAGAUCUCGGAGCGUGAAUCUGUCCGCCUGGACAUGGCCCCAGGAUACGGCUCCGACGGGCAGCGAGGCAAAAUCAACAUCGCGUCCAAGACAUACGUUUGUUCGCACAACGCCAUCAAGGCCCUGACUUUCCCGCUCAGGGCUCAGGCUACGGUCCGCACGAUCAUCGACAUCAUCAACUCGAAUGGACGUGAUAGGUAUAACUUCACGGAGGAAUGGGAGGGAUGCCGGUUUUGGAUGUCCACCUUCAUCUCGGAUCUCGAGGGUAGCGGGCUGGUGGCGCCUGGCAGCGCCAAUGCCACUUGGGACGCGGUCAAUCUUUACUGGCGCUACCCUGAUGGCUCAGAGCGGAGGGAGGUCAAGCAUGGAACCUUCUAUUAA